AUGAACGGCCUCCAAAUACUGAGUGCAAUUUUCUUGCCACAAGAACCGAUUGAUCCACAGAAGCUGGCAGACCAUUCCCCUUUGGAUCUGACCCAAUCCACGGCCUUGCUCAAUUCUCUGUUGAGAGGAGUGUCUCUUAUUCAAGGGCCUCCAGGAACUGGCAAAAGCUAUACCGGCGAGAAGAUCAUCAAGGUUCUAUUGGCAAACAAGAAGCGCGCUGACCUGGGCCCAAUCCUUGUAAGUUCACAUUUGGUACUUGUCUCAUUACAAUGUGUCGAUCGAAACGGGCGUGACUUUAUGCACAUGUAUGAAUAG